UAGUCUUGCUUGAACUGUUGCCUUCCUCGGAUGGUGUGCGCGUUUGGUCUCUCUGGACCUGCCAGGCUUUUUAGUUUUCUAUCCCGCCGUCUUCAACAAACACCUUUGUAGAAACUGUCUACUUGCCGGCGUGAAUCCGUCAAACAAACACAUAAACUCUUCUAUCAAUCCAAGUCAUAGUAAAAGAAAGAAAAAGAAAAAAAAAACAGGAAAAAAGAAGAAAUAGUGCGCCAAGUGUUUUUUUUUUCAGAUCGCCUUGCGCUGGCAGUGAAUCGCGGAAAAACAAACAAAUCAAAGUGACCAAAAUGACCCAUUAUUCAAUGUCAGUUUCCUGACAUCAAACAAGACACGAUUUUUCUAGUUUUUCGACCAGUUGCAAGAUACCCACCGAGAGCAGACAAUAUCCCCUCUGGAACAGGCGAUUUCGGAACAACAACAAGUGAAAAGUGAAAACUAUUGCAAUCAAAAUUCCCCAGCUUGCACUCACACGGUGUUUCACUUUACGUUCCUUCUGCCUUCCAGUACACAGAGCACCUCUCGGUCAGGAUGUCAUAAAUGACGGCAGGUUGAGUCCGCCUCCAGCACCAGCAACCUUCCCGAAGGCCAUCCGCGCCAGUCCCAACAGUUUCUUUUCGCCGUAAACCAGCAAAACACGAAACAACAACAACAAACACAGCGGAGUAGUUAUUCAAAAACUGGAAUUCGGUAAAAGUUGGUAAGGAGGACAAACGAAAAAUCCAGGUGCAGUCAUGGAGUCUCCUACGAGACUAAGCCAGUCUCGCUUCUUUCGCUUUGGACGCUUGAGUAGCAGCAAGGCAUCACGGAAGAGUUCCUCCGGGUACAGCAACCACAGUUUCACGGCGCAUCCAUUGGAGACGGUGGAUCAAAACUGUCCGGCAACCGAGUCUAGCUACGCCGGCAGCGAGAUCAUUUAUCAGCAGCUCAAUCAUCGCUCGGCCUCUAUGAGCACUUUGCCGUCCAGCUUGCCGCCUGGAACGUACUCUGGUCUUCCAUACGGUGAAAACUUCGGCAUGCACCAGCCUCGUUUGUCGCAGCUUCAGACCCUAGAGGCCAAGAUGGCCAGUAUCGCUGUGUCUCUGUCGGGAGGUGGACGCCGCUCGGGAACCGGAACUCUGCCGCAUCACCAGCCCAGUUUGAGAAGCAGUCCAUCCAUCGACACCGUCAGAAGCGUCGGCAAAGCGUCCAGCAGCAGUGGCGGUCACCCACUCGGCGUUCAUCAUCACCAACAGCAGCAACAGCAGCAGCAGCAACGGUCGACAUCUGGAUCGAGCAAACAGAUCCGCAACGAAAUCGAAUUACUCCGCAAAAUCAUUCAGGAUAAGGACACGCUCAUUCAAAGUCUUCAACAGCAGCGUGAACAGCAAGGUGCGACAAUGGCGACCGUGCUACAACAACAACAACAACAGACAGUGACCAACGGAACCAAUUGGGCGACGUCAAACGAAAGGCAACAGAUAGAACGGCGUUUGGCCCUCAUUCACCGCGACAUUGAACUCAAACGAGCCGCCAUCAAGAACUUGAGACUCUCCCUACAACAGACCAACGUUUCAGACAACAUCGACUCGCAUAUCAAACAAGCCGAGACCGAGUACCAACUGGAAAGGGAGGAGACGAAUAUGUUGAACCUGCAGGAUGAAAAGAGGACGCUCCUGUUACGAUUCGGCGGAGCCAUUCAUCAAUGGGGACGAAACGGCGUCGGUGGCGGCGGCAACGGCAGCAACAACCUCGCCAGCAACUCGUUAUUCCGAAUUCUUCACGAACAUGCGCCGCUGGUUAUCAUCAUCAACAAAGUGGAAUACGACGCGCAGAAUCCCAGUCUCAAGUUGGAAUACUCGAACAGCUGCGAAGAGAGGAGCGGACUUCUACCUUUGGUCGACGCGUGCACCGUACAAUGGGCACGAGAUGAUCUCAACCUGAAGGCGGGCGAUAAAGUAUUGGAGAUCAACGGCCAGCUGAUUCCCGGCCACGAGAAAAUGGACCUCGGCAAACUGUUGAUUCACGGCCAAAAUGAGAUCGUUGUAGCUCGCCAGAGCCGCGAAGAAUCCUACCUGAUGCAGAUCCAGGAUCUAUCGUCCAAACUGGAACGCGUGAGUCAAGAGCGAGACGGAUUGAAAGGGGAAAACCUGCGGUUGAAGCACCGCAUCUCAUACCUGGAAGAAGUGCGCCACGAUGAGGAGUUGGCAGAAGAAGAAGACAGUCAGCCGCUCAUCCACAAAGAAAAGGCCAGCCAUCGUGGCUCAUCCAAAUCAUCAUCUCAACUUCAACAAUCGCAGCUGCAACAACAUGACAGCCUGUCUUCUGGUGAGGGCCAGUCGCUCUACCGAUCGGAGGUACGAGUCCAAGCGGCUCCCGUUCGCCAAAAGCCACCACGCACGUCUAAGCUGAAGUCGAACAGCAAUUCAGCGGGGCGACAUCCCAGCGUGCCCGAUGCUGAUUAUGGUGACAAACGCUCAAGUUCUUCAGCGGAUGGUCGUCGAGGCGGUCCGCCGACCACAACCACAACAGAAUCGAGUGGCGAUUUCCAAAACGGUGGCGUUGGCGUCGAGGCGGGCAGCAUGAAUCGCAUUAAAACGUCGUCGAUUGUCGACAGGCAUUUCGGUCACGUAAUCCGUGUUACGCAUCAUCACCAUCCUCACCAGCAAGCGACGCCAUCGACACAGACGCCAUCGUCUUCCUCGUCGUCUCACGACUACGCGUCGCGACGUCAGCGUGUACCUGCCGAUUCCAUUUCUGACCUCCAAAGCGUCGCUUCCUACGAUUCGUUUAUCGAUUCGCAUCCAACCCGUCAUCUUCAUAUCGGCCAAUCAAUGGAAACUGUUUCCAAUGUUUCGCUAAUGACGCGGCCUUUCAACCAGCGCUCUCCCUCUUCACCCACUCGGUCAGAAGUACAAAGUGUCGCUUCAAUGGAUCUGGAACGGCGCCGUCACGGUUACAUUAGUGAUGAGCAGACAAUUUCAUCUUCCAUGAGUAGUUAUGGAGGACUGUUGACCGGAGGCAAGAAACCAAAACCUGUCCCGCCCCGUAAACCCUCCUUUUUGUAUCUUAACCGCGCCUCCAGCUUACAAUCCGUCAACGGAAUAGUCAAGACCAACUCGAUGGAUCGCUCGUCCAACAAGAUUGAUCCCAACGGCAAGCACUCGGAGGCCGAAAGUUGGAAUAACAACACUGCACCUAAAACUAGCUUAAGGACGGCGCUGUCUGGCAACCUGAAAUGGAACAUUCUCUCCUCGUCGCGAUCCAAGAAUGGUGGUUCCACUCGCGAGAAGGAAGAUCGAGAAUAAUGUAAUUUCAUUGCGCAAUUGAAACCCCAAGCUCAACUAUAUAACAUAACUUGAUUAUAAAGAUGUCGUUCUUGCAUACCAUUAUGCAUACUUUAUUCUUGAAUGUACUGUACAAACGUAUGCUGCCCACAUAAAGAUUUGUAAACA